AUGGAAAAAUAUGGAUCAAGAAAUACAUAAAAAGAGACUACGAGAGGUAAAAUCUGCUGUGAGGACACUCUAAAGUGCUCCUUACUAACCGAAUCCCGUCAUUAGGAAUUACAAAAAAGAAUCAAUGCUAGAAACGUGACUAAAUGGGAGGAAGAUUUCAAACACAAAGAGAAGAUUAUGAAGAAUAUGUGCGAAUAUCCAUUUAUUCUUGAAGGGGAUUUGAGCAAGAAUAAUAUUUCUAACCCCCUAGAUUACAAUAGUGAUGGACAAUCAAAAGAAAAUCCCUUUUCAUUACCGAGAAUAGGUGCUAGCGCAGGUGGAGCUAGAAAUAACAAUAAAAGUUUUUCAACUGGAGGAGGAGUAAAUGACAGUUUGUUAGCUGGAAGAGGAGGAAAGCCUGUGAUUAGACAAGCAGAAACUCUAGAUGAAAACAGAAUUGUACUUUAUAAAAAAGGAAAGCAGUUGGGAAGUGGCUACUACAUUGUAGAAAUAUCAUCCAAUAACUCCUUCCUUUUCAUUGCUGCAUAUGAUGUUGAAAGUCCUGAGUCACUUUUAAUUGAGUUACCAGAGAAAAAAGCUUAAGAAAUUCUUCAGGAGUUCUAGAAUGAUUAUGAACAUAUGGCAGGGUCUCUACAAGUCAUUAAUAAAAGAUUGGUUCUGUUGAAUCCAAAAUUCGUAAAUUAGAAAUAAAGACUGGCAAGUGCUCCAGUAGGUGCAGUGAGAGCAAAGGGGUUGAAUAACUCAACUGGCCCCUCUCAAGGUGUGAUUGGUGAAGAGAGAAGAGGCGAUGAUAAUAACUAUGGCAGCAACUCUAAAGAUAAUAUUGGAGAUUCAAUGAACAUCUCAACUGGUGGUCAAUUUAAGCAAAGACCAGAGACCUAAGGCAAAUAAUAGAAAGAAUUGUGA